AACCUAGUAGGUGGGGUGUCAGUGGCUGCCUGAGGGGAAUCUUGUGCGGGCGAGGUCAUUAAUAUAGACAUUAAGCUGCAGGUCCUGGGUUCACAAAGGGGACUUAGCUAUUUCAGUGCUGAGCAUUGCAAUGCCUAACCCCUAAGUACUCUGCCUUUUAUGGAAUUCACAGCUCCGAGGAAAUGCAUCAUUUUGAGGAGGAACUAACUUGUUCCAUUUGCUAUAGUAUAUUUGAAGACCCACGUGUACUACCAUGUUCUCACACAUUUUGUAGAAAUUGUCUGGAAAGCGUUCUUCAGCUAUCAAGCAACUUUUCCAUAUGGAGACCACUAAGACUUCCACUGAAGUGUCCCAAUUGUAGAAGCAUUGUUGAAAUUCCUCCAUCUGGUACUGAGUCAUUACCUAUCAAUUUUGCAUUAAAGGCUAUCAUUGAAAAAUAUCAGCAACAAGACCACCCAGAUGUUGCAACAUGUAGUGAACAUUAUAGGCAGCCAUUAAAUGUAUAUUGUCUUUUGGAUAGAAAAUUAGUGUGUGGCCAUUGUCUUACAAUAGGUAAACAUCAUGGUCAUCCCAUAGAUGACCUUCAGAGUGCCUACAUGAAAGAAAAGGAGACUCCUAGGAAACUCCUUGAGCAAUUAACUGAUGAACAUUGGACUAAUGUAUGUUUGCUCAUUGAAAAGUUGGAAGAACAGAAAUCUCAUUAUGAAAACAUUGUUCAAGAUGAUAAGAAAGCUGUAGUGCAAUAUUUUAAGAAACUUAAUGACACACUGGAGCAUAAAAAGCAAGCUUUGCUAGCCGCUUUGGAUGAAGUUAAUGCUCACAUUUCUGAAGAAUAUGCACCACUCGUUGAAAACAUGAAAAGAAUCAGAGAAGAACAGCUUGAUUUAAUGUCAUUGAACACAUCUGUUCAAGAAGAGGAGUCUCCGCUUCUUUUCCUUGAGAAGGUUGAUGUUGUGCGCCAACGCGUAAAAACUUUGAAACAAAAGCAACUACCAGAUAUCAAACCUGUUGAAAUUUAUCCACGAAUAGGACAGCUAUUGAAGGAUGUUUGGUCCAAAACUGAAAUUGGUCAGAUUAACAAGAUCCUCACUCCAAAAAUAAAGCUGAUUUCAAAAGGGAAUUUAUGCCCCAAAGGCACUGAGAAGGAAAGAGGACAGUCUAAGGAAUUGCUCCAGUCUAUAAAACCUCUAACAGUGAUGCUAAUUUCUAUGAUGAUAGUGAUAAUUGUGAUUUCAUUUAGUAAACCUGUAUUGUCAGUUGUAAAUGAAGUAACUUUGAUCUAUAUUUCAGACAUCUUGCAGUUUGUUUAUCAAGAUCUAUGCAAUAACUUGCAGGCAGUAAUGGAAAUGCUAUGCCAUACAUCUAAUUUCCUGAUGGAAUUCAUGGGGAGAAUUGUUUCUUUUUCUUUCUGAGUGUUUGAAAUACUGAGAUUAGCAGUUAGGAUAAUUGUAAGAAUCCUCAUUAUGUUUGAACUAUUGUACAAGGCUCUUUUUUUUUUUUUACUUUCUAUGUAAAUGCUAUUGAAAUAAUAGAUCGUUUACAAAAAAAUUUAAACUGGUUCUCUAGAUUAAUUAGUACCAGAAUCAUUACACCAGAUUCUCCCCAUCUGUUGAAAUAUGUGAAGGAUGAGACUGAAGAGUGUGUGGGGCAGGGUUCUCUCUUAAUACCCCUAUUUUUCCCUUAUCUUUUCCCAUCCUUUGCUCCCACUCCCAUGCCCAUUUCUGAAUCUCUGCUUUUUACUGAUUAUCAUUCAACUCAAUGACAGGUGGAUGGUAAUUCCUCCUAAAGUAGUACGUACCACUCUUCUGUUGCAUGUAAGAGGUCACCGUCAAAUACAUUGCUCCUUCAUCAGUUGCCCAUACUAGUUUAUAAUGUAGGAGAGCCUAAAGAUAUGAAACAUAAAUCUCUGGGGAAAAAAAAUCAAGAACAAAUCAGAAUUGAUCCAUAUUAUCUCUAAGAAAGCCAUAAGUUCACAAAUUCCAACCUGGGAAAGGCAGUUUCCAACAGACUGUAACUACUUCUCAAGCAUCUACUACCCAGUCCUUUUAAACUAAUUCUUUAGGUAGGGUUUUGCUAAAACUAACACAGAAUUAGUAACUGUUGUUCUUCGAGAUGUGGUGUUCAUGUUCAUUCAAAGUUGGCGUGCACGCGGCGCACACACACCUACUUUGAAUGGACAUGAACAACCACUCAAAGAAGAACCUAGAGUUUCAGACAUUAAAACUGAGAUGGAUAAAUCAAAGUCUCGAGUUAGUCAUUAGCUCCAGUGUACAAAAAGUGCAUAUGUGUGUAUUGCAUUUCAGCAGGUCCACUACACUAUAUAUAGUGAACCAUUUUUGGGUCAUUAAAUCAUCUAUGAAAUGACUGGGGUUCAUCUUGUUGGUUCCAGGCUGUUAGUUGGAUCAUAUUGCUUCAAGUUUCCUUAUGUACAUCAUGUAUAAGUGAUCUUGUAUCUUUCAAGUAGGUGUGGGUGCUGCUCUAAAACUUUUGGGAUGAUAUUCCUUGGUAAAAUGUAAAAGUACAGUCCCGAAAAUUGCUGAAUGUGUGCUGCUUUAUUAAAUGAGCUAAAUGUGCAAGCAAGAAUAUUUGGGGUGAAAUCCUGCACCAACUAUAGUAAAUGGCAAAACACCCACAGACUUCAGUGGGGCCGGGAUUUCACUUUUAUUUAUUUAUUUUUAAGAAAAAGCUGUAGCAAAUAAUGUGAGAAUGCAGUAUAAAUGUAUUCUUAAAUAUUACUGCACAUAUACACCUUUACCCCAUUAUAACGCCACCUGAUAUAACAUGAAUUCAUAUAUAACAUGGUAAAGAAGCGCUUUGGGGGUGGGUGGG